GCUUUACUUUGCUCCAGAAACCCCUUUUUUUCUCCUCCCACUCACCAAUCCUAAAUCUUUUCUCCAUCAGCUGAGGAUUCGAUUUCAAGCAUUUCAAAACUUCAGAGGGUUUCUCGGAUUUGAAAUCUCAAUCUUACCUCUCUCUCUCUCUCUCUCUAAUGGCGAUGAGAGGUGUCGAUUUCAAGUGGUACGAUGGGUUCUUCUUGUCGAUGCUCGCAACUAGUGUAAUCAUUGUAGCUAUCAAUUGGAAGAGAUACCAUGCCUGCCAAUACCCCUUGCAUAUAUGGAUCGUGGUUGAUUACACCACCGUCUUUAUCUUCCGCGUCUUAAUGUUUGUUGACAAUGGUCUUGCUGCUGGGCUUGGCUUGGAUUUUGGAAGUCAACAGCGGAACAUUGGGUUUUGUGGGAGAGUGGUGGUGCUCUCUAUCCUAUCUCUCCUUCUCUAUCCGUUUCUGUGGGCUUGGACUGUUAUCGGUACAAUAUGGUUUACAAGGGCAAGAAGCUGUUUACCUGAAGAAGGCCAAAAAUGGGGUUUCCUCAUUUGGCUGAUAUUCAGCUACUCUGGCCUCCUCUGCAUUGCGUGCAUCUGUGUCGGGAAGUGGUUGGCGCGAAGACAGGUGCACGUAUUACGUGCUCAGCAGGGAAUCCCGAGUUCAGAGUUCGGGAUUCUAGUUGACAUGAUAAGGGUCCCUGACUGGGCAUUUGAAGCCGCGGGCCAAGAGAUGAGAGGCAUAAGUCAAGAUGCUGCUGCAUACCAUCCUGGUCUUUACUUGACUCCUGCUCAGACUGAAGCUGUCGAAGCACUUAUUCAAGAGCUUCCAAAGUUCAGGUUAAAAGCUGUACCAGAUGAUUGCGGUGAAUGCUUAAUCUGCUUAGAGGAGUUCCAUAUCGGACAUGAGGUUAGAGGUUUACCUUGCGCCCAUAAUUUCCAUGUUGAGUGCAUAGACCAGUGGCUGCGUUUAAACGUGAAAUGUCCUCGGUGCCGGUGCUCAGUUUUUCCAGACCUUGAUCUCAGCGCAUUAUCCAACCUCCAGAGCUCAUCAACACAGCAGCCCCCACAGGGGGAGAACACGGAAACAACAGAAGCUCGGUACAUAAGAAGCCAACCACAAAGCGAGAGCUACUUUUUGAGAGUUCAGUCUCUAAUUCACCCAGUUCACACAGACACCGCUCUGGAGACCGCAGAGAACGGUGGGGUUCCUCCUGUCUUGGCUGGUCGAUCUCCAUCAAGGAGAUGAGAGACAGAAGUGUGAGUCGAGGUGGUUAUUCUACUACUCAUUACUAACUCUCGACUGAUUGAAGGGAAAAAAAAAACAUUCCGAGUCUUACUACCCCUUGAAAGUAUUCACUUUUGACAGUCUUGCAAUGUAAAUAAAUUGGGGUUGAAAGAACAGGAAAAAAAAAACACAAUCUUUGGGGUUUUAGAUUUGAAAUGAAGAACUGUACAUGUCCAGACUCUUUAACGGUAGAGAAUGUUCAUACUACUUUUACUUA